AUGCCCAAGACAAACCCCUCGCAAGAGGUGGCUUUGGCUGAUUAUGCCGGCAGCACGCGGACAGCUCUCCACACGUCCCCUCCUUUGGCUUCAACUCUCUUUUCGCCAUCAGCGAGCGACGCCACGCGAAACUUUGGCCAGCUAUGCCAUCAACUCUCUCAUCCGACCAUCAUUCUCACCCACGUUGGACCACCACCUUCCCUCAACUCCUUCACCCUCCCCCCUGCAACCCCGACCCCGCAAUACCUCCUCGUACGGAAUUUCAUCUCCCUCGCAACCAUCAUGUCGGACGCUCCUCCCUACCGUCUCAUCAACACCCCUGGUAAGGGCUUCGGGCUCUUUGCCACUCGUCGCAUCGCAGUUGGCGAGCUCAUCAUCCGCGAGAAGCCCAUCUUCGUCGCCAACUCGGUAACCACUAUCGAGGCAGCCGUAGCCUCGCUGGCGGACGCUGAGAAGGCGAUCUUCUGGGGCUUGAGCGAUAGCUUCACCCCUGAUCAUCCCACCGCGGUCGGUGUCUUCAAAACCAACGCGAUCCCGGCCGGCCCGACCCCUGACUCGGCGGGCAUCUACAAGGUCGCUAGUCGUCUCAACCACUCCUGCUCGCCCAACGCUUGCCACGCCUGGGCAGGUUUGACCGGACAGGAAGUCGUCCACGCUAUAACGGACAUUCCGGCAGGUACCGAGAUCGUCGUCUCUUACCACUAUCACAUGCGGUCUCGGGAGCAACGAGGGAAGGAACUCGCUUCUUCCUUCAACUUCAUCUGCCACUGUGUCGCUUGUACGGGUCCUCUUGACCCUGCGAGCGACGCGAGGCGCGAGCGGUUCCACGAUCUCAACAUAUCGCGCCUCACGCUUUCACACUUUGACCCGCCGGGGGCGCUUCGUCGGCUCCACGAACGGGCGCGGCUGCUCGUGGCGGAAGGUCUGCAUGACCUCGGGACGUACUCGGUCAUCUUCAAUGACGCGUCGCACAUCGCAGCCGACUGCGCGGACUAUGCGAUGGCGCGGCGGUACGCGGGUCUGGCGUAUGGGUAUCGGCGGGUCGCAGAGGGGGCCGAGACCGAGAGUACGAUGGAUCUCUUGGCGGACUAUCGCAAUCCGCCUAGUGCCAGCAACACGAUACCGCGACGGGCGGGCAGGCUGUUCCCCACCAUAUGCGAUGGGUGCGGAGCGGAGGCGCAGGGCGGUUUCAAGGGGAAGAAGGCGACCGGGGGAGGAUGUGGGGAAUGCCAUUGCGGGGUUUGGUGCUCGAAGGCGUGCAAGCUCGCCCAUGCUGCCUCUCACAAGCCCAUUUGCGAGGCUAUUCAAGGAGCCAAGUCGGAGGUGGUCAAGGUGGUGGCGAAGGCAGGGAGGCAGGUGUCCAGGGAGGAGGAGAUGUUGGGGGCGGCACAGGGCAGGAUGAGGCAGGCGGGAUGUCCCACUCAGUAA